GGCACGGCGGCACAAGAGCUGAACCCAGCCCGGCGAGGGCCACGGGAGCACGAGCAGCGCCGAGCCAGUUACGUUGUACCAGUGGGAGAGAGAGGAUGUUCGCCGUGCGCUCCGUGCUAGAUAUAUGUAGCUAAAGUGUGUGUGAAAACAUACUUUCUAGAUAAAAAAAAAGGAAAAUAACACUAAGCAAACGCAGGAGAAAAACAUAUAAAGAGAAAAAAAAAACAACUGAGAAUCGUAAUAAGCAUAGUGUAAAUCUGAAGUGAAAAUAGAAAUAUAAAUAAGUGUGUAUAUAUUUUAGUAAUAGAAAAAAAAAAAAAAAAAAACUGUACAUUUUCGAGGUCAAAUAGCCCAUUGAAGAGAGUGUGACUUAACCUCUGACCUCCAAGAUGGGUCAGCCGUCCCCCUUCGUGGUGGGCGUCGUGGUCCUCCUGAUGGGCGUGGCCAUAGGCGUGGCCACCACCGAACCCGCAGUCGAGAUUCAAACGGAAGCCCCGCCCCCUCGAGCUGACGCCCCCGUUGCGUUUAAAGACUGCCCCAUGUACGUGCUGGGCGAGCUGCAGGGCAUGCGGCGGCACGGCGAGCAGUGGCUCAACGACGGGUCCGAGUGCGAGUUCUGCGAGUGCACGGACGGCCAGGAGCGGUGCUUCUUCCACUACUGCAACUCCGGCCCGAAGGAGAGCUACAUGACGCCCCCUUCGGCAGCGACGCCCGGAGAGAAGAGCCCCGCUGACCAGCCGCCCGCACGCCCGCCCCUGGACGACGAGGACGUGUCCGACCCCGAGGAGGCGCAGGAGGGCUCGGGCACGCAGCCCUGGGAGGAAGGCUACUACAACGUGCGGGAACCUGUGGAGGACGACCUCGAGCCGAGGAAGACGGAGUCGUCCGGUCGUGGCGGUGAAGCGAACGACCCCAGAGACGACAAGAACCCGAGGGACAACGAGACGCACGACCCCCGCCCCUGGUGUGGUUCCCUCCCCUGCAGGAAGACGUGUCCCCAUGGUUAUAAGGUGGACCCGACCACAGGCUGCCGGAAAUGCAAGUGCUUCAAGUGCCAGUCCUUGCGGAGGUGUUACCUCAAGUGCGGCUUCGGAUACGUUGCGGAUGAGAGGGGCUGCAAGAAAUGCCAGUGCCGCGACCAGAGUGCCAAGGUUUCCGUCAUCACAUCGCUGGACGACAAUGAUUUCAUCGUCGAGGAGGGCUACGGCGUGUCUUCUGAAGUCUUCAGCAACGGGACGUACGCUGAAGUGGCUGAGAGUGGCGGCGUCUACGUGACAGCCGGAGAAGAGGAGACGCAGGAACCCGACCCUUCAUGUAACACUACACCGUGCAACCGCGGCCAGGGGCGUGGCCACGAGAGCCGCAGCACCUCCCGCGUGCCCCUGGACCGCAUGCCUCCGCCCACCCUCCCGCAGGACAACCAGGACCCCGUGCGCGCCCCCGAGAUGCCUGACGAAGACGCAGGGUCCCACAGGAGCGCCUUCGGGAGCGGCAGCACGACCAAGAGCGCAGUUCAAGCCUCCCCCGCCGACUGGUCCCAGCUGUGUGUGAUCCUACUGCCCAUCCUGGUGGUGUUCGGACUCGUGGCCACCCUCGCCGUGCACUUCUGGCGCCGCUACCACCGCGACAAGUACGACAUCAACGCCUACAGACCGGACGAGAGAGAGAAGCUCCGCCCCGUGAAAACCGCCGACGACACCCAGACCGUGCGGCACGUGUGAGGCGGACGGCGAGCGGAGUGCAAGGGGAAAGGCGUCGCGGAAUGUAUGAAUGGAAGGAAGGAUUCUUUUUUUUUUAUGAAUGAAUGAAUGAGUGGUGGCAUUUUGUGAAUGAGGAAUUUGUGAAUGGGUGGAGGGAUUGAUGAAUGGCUGGAGAUAGUGAUGGAUUUUUUUUUUUUUUUUUUUCAUGAGUGUGUAUGAAAGAGAAAGAGGAUAAUAAUUAAAAAGAGAGAUAAUGAGAAAAGAGAAGAGAAAGGGAGGCUGUGUCUCGGUGGCGGAACGAAGCAAGGAAGAGGCGUAAGGAUAAUAAAUUUAGAGGGAGACAAAACAAACAAACAAGAUCAAGAUAUUACUAAUGUUAUUAUUAUUUGUCUCGUUUUGGAAGAUUAUCCACAUUCUCUUUUCGGCCUUUUUCUUCUAAAGCUGGAAGUGUGAAAAAAGGCAAUUCACAGAUAACAUAAACAAAAGAAGAGAAGUUUGCGAAAAGAUAUAUUGAAGACCCUCCCCCUGCCUUCCCCCUCCCCUCUCCCUCCUUCACCCAUUCCUGCCUCCUCGCUCCCCCCUCCCCCUCCUUCACCCCCCCCCCUUCCCAAAACAAAUAAUUAAUAGGAACUUGCAACGUUAUCGGAACAUUAUUGGUCAUGUAUUCAUUGAAAUUAUCAUUAUCUUCGCCAUUGUUGUAAUAUUCCUUAUUCCAAUAUUUUCAUAAUUCUCGUAUGAUCCAACGCCGCCGCAGAUGCACACCUCCCACCACCCCCACCCCCACCCUCCCCUCUCGCCCCCUCACCCCCACUUUCCCCUUCCCCC